UAUUGGUGACAGUCAUGUGACCACUGUGUGUGUGUUUGUCUCAGAGUGUGUGAUAUAGUGAGCACUGGCAGCACAGUCAGCACCAGUUAGUUAGUUGACUCUCCACUCAAAUAUGGACUCUAUAUGUUGUGUGGACUGACUGUUAUGAGUGUACCACUGGUUGUGCUCUCACUGUAACCAACAGUGAAGUGAUUGAAAUCAAAAUAUCGCAAAUUGUUUGAUUUGUGGAUCCAAUUAUCGGUGAUAGUUGUGGACAGUUGUGUGGGACACAUGCUUUAGUUGAUUGCAUACAUCAUAACAAUGAGUGACUUAAUGGCUAAUAAUAUGUAUAGAGUCGGAGACUAUGUAUACAUCGAGACAUCUUCGACAUCACCGUAUCUGAUCCGAAGGAUAGAAGAAUUGAUUAAAACCCCCAAUGGCAAUGUUGAGGCUAAAUGUAUGUGUUUUUACCGGCGCCGGGAUAUCUCGGGAUCGUUGAUAGUGUUGGCCGACAAACAUCAAAGUGCCUUAGAAGAGGAACAGGAGAGAGAAGCAGAACAGUUGUCUGAGAAGCACAAACACCAACUGAAACUGCGAGAGUUGUUUCUAUCGCGUCAGGUCGAGACACUACCGGCCACUCAUAUUAGAGGCAAAUGUAACGUCACUUUACUCAAUGAGACGGAAUCAUUGGCCUCUUAUAUCAACAAAGAAGAUGCCUUUUUCUAUACAUUGGUCUACGACCCGAACCAGAAGACUCUGUUAGCCGAUAGGGGAGAGAUUCGAGUCGGACAACGAUAUCAGGCAGAAGUGCCUACCAGUCCCUUAGGACCCGAUGAGUCCGAUAAUAGAAAGCUUGAAGAAUUGGAAACAUUAGUCCACACACCGGAACACAAUCUGACUGAUAAACAAAUCGAUCAGUUCUUAAUUAUAGCCAGAUCUGUUGGUACAUUUGCGCGGGCACUGGACUGUUCCAGUUCUAUAAAGCAACCGAGUCUUCACAUGAGCGCUGCCGCCGCCUCCAGAGAUAUUACACUAUUGCAUGCCAUGCAACUCCUUCAUCAACACGGAUAUAAUAUCGGGAAAGCCCUCUGCAGUCUAGUCCCAAAUAAUGGUCCCGUUUUAUGUCGCGAUGAAAUGGAAGAAUGGUCAGCAUCUGAGGCUAACCUGUUUGAAGAAGCACUUGAAAAAUAUGGCAAAGACUUUAACGACAUUAGACAGGAUUUUCUUCCGUGGAAAAGUCUUAAGAAUUUAGUAGAAUAUUAUUAUAUGUGGAAAACAACCGAUAGAUAUGUUCAACAAAAGCGAGUCAAAGCAGUUGAGGCCGAAAGUAAACUCAAACAAGUUUACAUUCCUAACUACAAUAAUAAACAGUCAAAUACAAUGAAUGGUGGCAUGAAUUUGUCAAAUGAUGUUAAUGGAGCCAAUGGUCGCGCGUGUGAGAGCUGUGGAAAGCAAACAUCAUCGCAAUGGUAUGCUUGGGGUCCAUCACACCUACAAUGCCGUCUCUGUCAAAAUUGUUAUACUUAUUGGAAAAAGUUUGGAGGAUUGAAAUAUUCAUCACGUAUUGAUAUCGAUAAACUAAAUGCUACACAAAAAGCACCACAAGAUUCUCAAAAUUCUCAAUAUCCGUGUCGUGAAUGCAAUAAAGUAUUUAAUAGACAAGAGCGUUUGGCUUCUCAUAUGGCAUCACAUCGACCGCAUCGCUGCUCAAUAAACAAUUGUGGCAAAGAAUUUAAAUUCAAAGCUCAUUUAAUCAGACAUUGCGCUACAUCUCAUGGAUUAGCUGUGAGAUCUGGAAGUCCUCGACCUAUAAUGAAAACAAGGGCUGCUUUUUAUUUGUGUGCAACUUUGGCCGCACGAGUGGCUCGACGUAUUUGCUCAAACAUUUUAAGAUCGCGUCACGCGUCGCGGAACCCAUUUUUACCGAUUAAUAUUACUGCCAUUCGAGCCGAAUGUCAGGCAAAGUUUGCUAAUGGUAUUCCACCCAAACCUAAGACAAGACCUAUAGAAAGGGGUAAAGUUGUUGAUAUAUCACAAAGAUUAGGAACUCCACAGAUGGUUACUCCUCAAUGGCUUAUAGCAACGCCAAAGGAUCAGUUGCCACAACCAGAAAGAUUGGCAUUUAUACCACCACCACGAGGCCCAGAUGGUCAAUUAAUAUUACCCAGACCAUUACCAGCACCUCAAACACCUGAAAUAGAAAAUGUAAAAAAUCAGUGGAGUGUUAAUAAUUUGUCUCCAAUUAUGCCACGAAAGCGACCAAUGGAAAUAAACGGAUCACCAGUUCCACCUCUUAAAAGACGUCAGUUAGCACCGCCUAGUAUUCUCGGCAAAGCUGUUCCCGAUUUUUAUGGUAUGACUAACAGAAAUCCUUUAAUAUCAUCUUUAAAUGGUAGAGCAAAAGUAGCGACAAUAACACGAGUUGGUGGACGUAAACAAAUGAUUAGUUGGGUCGACGCUCCCGAUGAUGUCUAUUUUGUGGCCACUGAUUCUACUCGCAAACUUCGUCGGCAACUAAAUCCAGGAGAGUUAAGACGCGCCGCUCGGAGGCCAUGGAGAAGAUGUGGCAAAUCUUUACAUUCAACCAACAAUACUGCGACCAAUAAUAAUAAUAAUAGUGUCAAUACAAAUACAAAUACACUAAACUUAGCAAACAAUGUCCCACUGUUUACAAAUCCAGUCAGUAUUGCGUGAAAACCACUUUGGUUUAGGUGAUGAUUGAGCGGAACAAAUCUGGACAUCACUUCUCUCAUCUAUCAAUUCAGUCAUCUCAGCCACUCAUUAGCUUUUUUUUAAAAAAACAAUACAACCAUAACAUUAGUACGUAAGGAAUAUGUCAAUAAUAAAAAAAUAUGGCCUCAACUUCAUUCAAAAGCGUCAGACAUUCAUUGAACUUAUUAUUUAAAAUUCAUGUUUUAUUUCUGUAUCCGAGCCUUAUUUUAAAUGUUAAUAUUAUUGUGAAAAACAAUUGAUAUGAUAAUCAAAAAAAAAUAAUGGACAAACAGUUUUUUGUUAAUUGUGUUUUAUAUAUAUAAUAUAUUAUUGAUUGAUUGAUGAAUGGCUUUCACGGAAUGUAACGCACGACCUCUUCGUCUCAUUUUUUUUGUUUGUUUGUUGAAACAAAUGGUUAUUUUACUUUCAUUACAGCAUUUUCUCAA